AUGGAUUCCAACCCCCAUCAAGACUUCAAGGUAAUUUUGGGUUCAUCUUCAGUUGCCCGCAGAAAGAUUUUAGCCGACAUGGGUUUUGAAUUCACGACCAUGUCUGCAGAUAUAGAUGAAAAGGCCAUUCGGAAGGAAAAGCCUGAAGAUUUGGUUAUGACUCUUGCUGAGGCUAAGGCAGAUGCCAUAGUUGGAAAACUCCGGAAUACUGGAAACCAAGAGAAGGAUACGAAGCCUACACUUGUAAUAGCAGCUGAUACUGUAGAAAAUGUCCAACCAAAGCUUCAGGGCAAAAUGGAUGCAGAACCCACCCUGCUUAUUACUUGUGACCAAGUGGUGGUGUAUGAAGGUGCGAUAAGGGAAAAACCUUCCAGCAAAGAAGAGGCACGUCAAUUCAUAAAAGAUUACUCUGGUGGAUUUGCUGCGACCAUUAGCUCUGUUCUUGUUACAAACCUUAACACUGGAUUGAGAAAAGGGGAGUGGGACAAAGUUGAGAUUCAUUUCAGCGAAAUACCUGAAAAUGUGAUAGAUCAUCUGAUUCAAGAAGGCCAUGUUCUGAAUGUAGCGGGAGGGCUAAUCAUCGAACAUCCUCUGGUUUUGCCAUAUGUCAAAAAUGUGGUGGGUGGAACCGAUAGUGUGAUGGGACUUCCAAAAGAUCUCACAAGAAGACUAAUGAAGGAAGUCCUCUAG